CUUGCUUGAGUGUUGUACCUACGCUGUGUGUGAUAUGAACGCGAUGUCCUGCCCUUCCCUGUCGUCUCCGAUCGCGGAAUCAUGAUCUGCUGUCUUCCCCGGGACUCUUCCGCCUCAAGCCGAACGAGGGCGAUUGUGAAUGCGCCUCGUUUCUGAUCGCAGGAUUUGCAGUUUUUGCUCGCCAGAGCCUGAGAAUCUCGCGCGGUGGCCACUUUUGGUGAUGUCAGCUCGACCGUCACUCCUGACAUCGGCUUCCCUCCUGGACACCGCGGAAAGGUGGUUUUUGGAGAGCAAAACUCGUGCAAUAUGGUGAGGAAGAAGCACUGAACAAAUGUACAACCAUUUUGUCUUCAACCAAGUCUCCAGUGCAGUCACCAAUAGUCACCCAAAAUGACUGCUGGUCUGAAUCUUCAUUGGAGACUCUGAUGAAACAUCUACAUCUUCCAUAUCUGCCGUAAUAGCCACAGGAGAUGGUGCAACACCUUUGGAUAUGGACAAAUGGCAUCACAUAAUAAAUUGUCUAGAAGUCAGUAAGACACUGAGACGUUCUUCUAAAAGUUGAUGAAUGAUGAAGGCUCCAGCAAGAAACAAUCAAUGUGUGUUCAGUGAGGACUGUGUAGUUCAGUUUGUAUGAAGCCAGAAUGUCCCAGUACUGUAGGCCUUUGUUAAAGUGAGUGCAAGACUCCCUAAUACAGAGACACAACUUAUUUCUUUUACCCCAUCUCACUGAAUUUCUCUACAUCAGCCAAUCAAAUGCACCCUGAAAAUAAACUGCCCAAUCAUGGGAAACAAGUGACCAGUGGUGCCCAGUCACAGAUUCCCAAGGAGCAGCAAGGACCUGCAAGCAACCUAGGGUCAAGGGGCACUGGACCAGGGAACCAUGGAGUGAAAACCAAUCAGAUAUCUCCUGGGCUGAAAAGUGUGAGUGGGAUGAUGAAGACCAAAUCCAAAAGGGAGAAAAGUAUUUCCGUGGAUGCCGGAGAACAAAAAGACGCACUCACACCAGUGUUAGAGUCAGAUGCUAAAGUAGAGGGCACAAUACGCAGAAAGCGCCGGUGUGUGCUGGAGAAGAAGCAGCCUUACAGUGGAGAUGAGUGGUGCUCAGGUGCUGAGGCUGAAGAAGAGGAGGAGAAACCAUCCACCACUGCUCACAGAGAGCAUGUGAUGUCAUGCCCUGGCCAGUCUCUCUCAGGCACAGCUGAAUCAGUAAGUGGGCCUGGUUUAGGCUGUGGCCUUGGUUCAGGUCUACAUUCUGACCAGCCACCUCACACCUCCCAGCAAGUAGUAUAUGUCUUCACCACUAGCCUAGCCAACAGUGCUGCAGAGGCAGUGAUGCAUGGCCAUACAGAUUCCAUCCUCCUGUUUCACCAGCAAAAUGUUCCUCGCAGCAAAUUGGACCAGUGCACUAGUGUUGGAAAGCUCCCUAGCCUAUCAGAGCAGCUCAGCUCUAGUAUCACCCCUCCCACAGGCACGCCUAAAUCUCAAAUUAGUACACCUCGUCCAGCCUCUGUUGGUGCAGUUAUUGGCAGUCACCUCACAGGCAGCAAUAGUCCUUCUUCUACAGGUCAGCCAGACAGUGAGGUAACCCAUGUCCAUCCAGGGGCCACACCCAGUCACAACAACUGUGCAACAUCUCAUCCAUUAGGAUCUGGAGGCUCAGGGUCACAGCGAGUGGGGACCCAAGGUUGUGGAGUAGAUGGGUCAGGCAUUAUAAAUCACCCCAGUGCAGGUGUCUCUCCCAGUAUCAAUCCAUCAGUGUUGUCUGCACACCUUCAGAGUGAGUCUAGCCAGCAGGGAGGACAAGGGAGUAUCGAAGGACUGUCUAAAGAGCAGUUAGAGCAUCGUGAACGUUCUUUGCAGACACUUAGGGACAUCGAGAAGCUGCUUCUGCGCAGUGGGGCUGGUGCGAACCAUGAAGACCCAGGAGGCCUGAAUAGCAAUCCUAACAAUGGGUCAACUAGCAACAGUAAUACUGGUGGAUACCAAGGGCUUGAGGAUGAGGAAAAUAAUAGUGGGAGGGCUGGGAGAAGUUGCCUUUCUGAUGACAUUCCCCCUAUCCGUGGAAUGAAAAAGCAUGAGGAACCUCUACAAUCAAUAAUUUCACAAACACAUAACCUUAGUGGUCCUUGUUUGGAUGACACUUUGAUGGUAAGGCACCACAGUUUGCCCCCUCAUCACCACCACUCAUCAAGUUCAGGACUAGACAUGGGGCCUGUGUUAGGUCCUGAUGGACUAACACCAGAACAGAUAGCUUGGAGGAAGCUGCAGGAAGAAUACUAUCAUGAAAAGAGACGGCGGCAAGAGAUGAAUCCUCACACACAGCAUUUACGAAUUAUGUCUGAGAUGGGAAUGCCAGGGGGGCCACACCUAAUGAUGAGAGGUCCCCCACCUCCAUAUCACAGCAAACCUGGAGACCAGCAGUGGGGAACAGGGCCUAUAAUUGGAGGAGGGAUGGGAGGAAAUUUAAGGAUGAUGGACAUGCAUCAGGAGGGGCCCCGGGGGCCCAGGUUUCUUGGACAGAUGCAGCGAGGACCCCCAGGAGGUGGUGGAUACCCAGGAAGCCCAGGUGGAGUUAUACCCAUGGAAGGGAUAGGGUCUCAAAGAUCUCCCAGGCCAGGAAUGGGCUGGCUGGAUGACUUGGCACCGAAUAUGGCUGGAGUAGGUCCGUUUCAUGGAUGCUAUGCUUCAGGUGGGCCUGGUGGACCCUCUCAGCAAAUGCAGAGUGGAAUGGAUCGUCCCUUAACACGGGAGGAGAUGUUUCACAUUAUAGAGAAACGUCAGCUACAAAGUCUCCGCAGGUUAGAUCUGGAGCAGUUAUCUAGGCAGCAGCAGGGUGGACUUGUAGGCCCCAGGAUGAUGGAUAACUCUGGUGGACCAGGUUUUCCUAAUCGUGGUAUGGGAGGAGGUCCACCUUCACGUGGGGAUCCAAUAGACAUUUCCAGUUCUCGCACUAUGAUUGGCUCUCCCAUUGGUGGUGGAGGUGGCCCUUUAACGAGAGAUAUGGUUGACUCUCCUUUAGGAGGAAACCUAAAUAUAAACAUGAACUUGAACCUGCAUCAGCAGCAACAUAUAUUGGCCCAGAAAUUAAGAGAAGGGCCUGGGUCAGAGAUUGCAAGCCCUGAGGACAACACCCAUAUUAGGACUGCACCAAAUGGCCGGGUUGGUGCUAACAAAGUAAUGGUCCAUGGACCAGAUGUAAAUCUUCAGUUCUCCAAUCAAGGCCCCUUUCCAAGUGAACAAGAGGAUGGGCCCUACCUCCAGCAAUCAGGUCCAGAGAUGUUUAGAUCAGAUCAGCAGGGUACUCCCCAAAUUGGUGGAAACUCCAGGCUUAGCCAUAUGCCUUUGAACGCUGGUCAUAAAGCAGACCAUGAUCCGUGUCAUCCAUCUGACCUUUCCAUUAAUGUCAGCUCAUUUGGUUCCCCAGCCAUGCCCCCACCUCACCAGCUGAAGUCGCCUCCCCUUAGCCAGGAACCUUCUCCCCUCAUGCCCUCUCCCUCUAUUACAGGCCUGAAAUCCCCCAACCAGCUAGCAUCCAUUGGUCCACCACACCCUCCUCUUUCUGCACCGUCUGGAGCAGGAACACCUUCUGCCACCUCUAUGAAGUCCCCUCAAAUAAUUGGAUCAUCGCUUGGACUCCGGUCACCAUCUGGUUCCCCUGGACAUCACAAGUCUCCAGGCAUGCCAGUUGCAUCUCCAGGGUGGACUGCCUCACCCAAGACUUCCCUGGCCAGCCCUGGAGGGGCAUCUAAUAGUAAGGGAAUAGGUAAUGGAGGGAGCAGUUCAACUGAGACAGGUAUAUCCCUUCCUCCCAGAAGUUCCACCUCAACACCCAGUAGUCAACCUCCCAACAUGCCAUUGACCUCUUCCCCAGAUGCACCUUCAUCCCAGAAUCCCCUGUCCCUUAUAAUGUCUCAGAUGUCCAAAUAUGCAAUGCCCACCUCAAUUCCACUCUAUCAUGAUGCCAUCAAGACAAUAGCAACCUCUGAAGAUGAGAUGCCAUCAGAUCGAUUACUUCUUCCUGGAGCUAACAUUCAAGGAAAUAUGAAUAAUCACCAUUCCACACAGAUGCUCCUGUCCUCUCGAGGGUCAAUGGGACCUCACAGUAGACCUCCAAGUCCAACUGGAAUGGUCCUUUCAGGAAAUCAGCAGUUAUCUCUUGACCCCUCUGGACCUUUGCUGCCUUCUCCUAACCCCAUUGCCAUGCCAGUAAUGAUGGGAGGUGGAGGGGGCCAUCCAGAUGGAAUUGGACCCUGUAACAUUUCCCCAGUGCAUCCUCCAAGUCAGAUGGGUGGAUUCUUGCGCAUGCAGGCACCCCUGCACUCCCCAGUUGGUGGUAUGGGGCAGCAGUACCCCCAUCCUUCUGAAGACAUUCUCCCUUCUCAGCAAAUGCAUAAUCUUAGCAAGGGUAUGCCCAAUCAGUGCCCACCUCACCCACCUGACUCUUUUUCAUCCAUGCCCAUAGGAGAGGGCCUGGACUUGAGUGAAGUGAUUAGGCCCACACACACAGGCAUCCCAGAAUUUGACUUGUCUCGAAUCAUUCCUGCUGACAAGCCCAGUAGUACUCUGCAGUACUUCCCCAAGAGUGAGGCAAUGUCACAGCUGCAGCAGACCCCUCACCAAGGGCAGCUACCUCAUCAGGCUCCUUCAGCACAACUCCUAAAGCAGCUUUCUUCAUCUGGCCCCCUUCAGAGCAAUACAUCCUCCUCCAACCCUCACAUUGCUAGUUUGCAGAACAUGAUGGCUGAGCAGCAUCUUCCCCUGCAACCAUCACACAGUGGCUUACGCCUUGGCAUAGGCAUGAACCAGGGAGGAGCCAGAAGUAUGGGUCCAGGUGUUGUGAUGGGGCCUGGACCAAUAUGCCAUCCAGGUCAUCUGAUGGGUAGGACAGGUAUACCUCAGCAACAGCAGCAGCAUCACCACCAACAGCAGGUCAUGAUGGCUAACAGCCUCUUACAGCACCAGUCCCACAUGUCACAGGGCACAAUGACUCCACAGCAACAUCCACACAAUCUUUUAACUCAGCAGAACAUGAUGAUGCAAGCUAAGCAGAGGGGUAUGUCAGUUCCAGGGGAACACUUUGGCCAACAAGGGGCUGUUCUGUCCCCUCAGGGGCCCAUGAUGGGACCCCCACACCCACAGUCAACUGUGAUAGGAUCCCAGGGAAUGAGACAGAGGGGAUUGUCUUUGGAUAGUCCACUUGGCUAUGGACCUGGAAGUAUGGCAAACAUGCCUUUCUGAACAUUUUUAAGUAAAUCUGUAAAAAUAUUUUCCCCUUAUGGAUUACUUCAAACCCUGACAUGCUUUUUUUCAACGUUUAUUGAUUGUGGCAAUCAGAUGCUAAUAUUAUUCUUAAUAAUGUCAUAAUUAAAAAAGCCAAAUAGUGGAAAAUUGCAGUUAAGCAACAAAUUCUGAAGCCAUUUUAAAUGCCUAUAAAAUAUGUACAUUUAACAAAUGUGUUCAUUUUUGUGAGCAAAAAAAAACCCUCUCACAAAUCAGUUUCUAAUUCUUUUCUCUGGCUACCAAACUGUUGUGCAAGAAAGUAUAUAAAUAUGUUAUUAUUAAAUAUCUGUAUAAUUGCUGUAAAUAAGAAGCAAUUUGCUCAUUUACAAAUGUUAUGUAUAAAUUGUUUAAUAGAAGUCUAAAAGCAAACAAUGAGAGGAAAAAAACUUAAUGUGUAUUGUUUGAUGAUGGAAAAGUGUUGCUAAGGGAUGUGAGGAAAAAAAGAGAGGCAGACACAAUCAGAGAAACUUGUUUUUUAAUCUCUUAUGUAUGUCUUUUAUUAUCUUGCAUCAAAUAUUACUUUGAAGAGCACUCACUAGCUAUGGGAAAUGUUAAAGUAGGAUCACAUUCAGAUAAACCUACACACUCAUGCAUGCUCUGUAAAUUUUCUUAUCAACAUUGCAUCACUGCAUAACUAAAUAUGUAAGGCAGACAGAUGGUUCACGGGUUCAAAAAAAGUGUUUUAUUUAUUUAGGGGAAAAAACCUCAUGAUUGAAUGAUUGCAUACUUUCAGCAAGUUUCUUCGCUGGUCUGUGCUCAUAUAUACUGGCUAGUGGAGGUGGUGGUAGCCAUGUCUGAGACAGAUAUCUUGCUGAAGCAUCUGGUGCAUAUUAGGGGCCAACAGACACAGAAACAUUUUUUCAGCAAUCUCAGGAGCUCAUUCUGGAAACGCACCCCUACAAAGGCAUAAAGGGUUGGAUUAAGGCAGCAGUGAAUAAAACCAAUGCUCUCAGUCACCAUCAGACUCAGAGCCAGUGCACUGCGAGUCUGACAGGAUUUCUGAGACAGAAUCCCUAACCUCACAAGGGUGUCCACAAAAAGGGUUAUGUUAUAGGGUAACCAGCACAAGCAGAAAACCAGGGUUACUACCAUAGCCAGACGAAUAGCCCCCUGCUUUUCCAGGCUCUGGUGACUGUGGUACAGGGUGAACACCACAGCGGUGUAGCAGUAGCCCAUGAUGACUAAGGGCAAGAGGAAGCACAAUAGGUGUGUCAGCAUCCGACUAACGAGUAACCAGUUGUAAGCAUGGAUACCAUGGUUGUUGAAGUGACAUUGUAGCCAUGUAUGGUCAUUCCUUCUGGGUUCCACAGAAAGAAAUACUAUGUUGGGCAUCGAGAGAGCAAAAGAAAAUAGCCAGAGCAGAGCACAGAUGAGGUGAACCAUUUGAGGUCGACGGGUCUGGAGGCUGGAGACAACAUGAACAAUGGCAAGGUAGCGAUCAAAACCAAUGCCUGCAAGGAGGAGACUCCCACACACCAGAUUUAGGCGGUUCAACAGGCCUACAAGCUUGCACAGGAAGUUCCCAAACAGCCAACCUCUAAGUAUCUGGAUCACUGCAAAAGGUAAGGUAAAGAGCAGGAGGAGAUCAGCCAGGGCCAAAUGCAGCAGGUAGAUGUCAGUCAUGCGUAGGCGAGCACGACACUGCAGCAGGACCAUCAGCAGGAGGCCAUUUCCUAAGAGGCCUAGCAGAAACACCAUGCUGUAGACUAGUGGCUGGAUCACAGUAUGGUACAAAAGCAGGGGGUCUUUUUCAGUGUCACAGGUGAAGUCGUCAUGGCUUAUGUUCUCUGUGAUAUUUUCAUAGUCAUAACUCUGGUAAUCUGGAUACUGAUGAGGAAACACAAUAGGUAAUGAAUUCAUAAUUACCUACCAAUACUUAAACUAAUAUUAAGAUGCAUUUUCCCAUUAUUUAGUGCCCUAUUUGUUGUCUUACUUAGAGUUUGUGAAAGUCUGUGAACCCUUUAGAAUUUACAGUAUUUCUGCAUAAAUAUGACCUAAAUCAGAGUCAGAUUUUCACACAAGUCUUAAAAGUAGAUAAAGAGAACCCAUUUAAACAAAUGAGACAAAAUAUUAUACUUGGUUAUUUAUUUCUCAUCUCAUUAUCUGUAGCCGCUUUAUCCUUUUACAGGGUCGCAGGCAAGCUGGAGCCUAUCCCAGCUGACUAUGGGCGAAAGGCGGGGUACACCCUGGACAAGUCGCCAGGUCAUCACAGGGCUGGUUAUUUAUUUAUUAAGGAAAAUUAUCCAAUAUUAUGUGAGUGAGUGGUAAAAAUAUGUGAACCUUUGCUUUCAGUAUUUGUUGUAACCCCCCUUGCACAGCAAUAACUGCAGCUAAGUGUUUCUGGUCACUAGUGGUCAGUUCUGCACAUCGGCUUGGAGGAAUUUUAGCCUGUUCCUCCAUAAAGAAUAGCUUCAACUCUAGUAGGUUGGUGGGUUUCCUAACAUGCACUGCUUGCACAACAUUUCUGUUGGAUUAAAGUGCAUAUCACAGGUAAAUUCAGGAGAAAGAUCAAUGUAAUUCUCCUAUUUUAUAUUAAACUUUGGUCAAAUAUCUGUCACAUUUUGUAUUUUGUGCAAUUUUUUUACCUUGCGCAAUACCAGAAAAAUUCAGUUGAAAUCAAGACAUUUGAGGCGAAUUGGUCCGCCUCUGAAAAAACUUGCCAUUUGGAUUUCCCAGGAAACAUUGAUUUUCGUGAUGUCACGUGCAGGGACACCUCCCUCUGAAUCCUACGUCAGCACUGAUUUGUUUAUGAGAAAACGACCUGGUGACUUUCUGUAAAUUUCUUCAACGUUAUCACAUAAUUAUUAAAAUGGUUAACAGAUGUAUCAUAGGAGGGUGUAGCAACACCAAUCUUGAUGAGAUUAGUACUCAUCGUUUUCCAAAAGACCAGACAAUGAGAGAGAAAUGGGAGCGCUUGGUCUACACAGACUGUGCACUGAAACUGUGCAAGCUCGCGCAGCCUGCUGGCACUUCCGUAGGUAACGUCAUGAAUCUGGCUCCAGACUCCCUUGGGAUUUUUCCAGAUGUGUUUUAUUUUAAUUUUUUCUGCUGUAGACAGAUGGCCUUGUGCAAAAUUACCCUUUUGGAUGAGUGUGUAAAGGGACAUACUUUCAUAUAAAAAAAAAAGAAAUUGGUCCAGAAUAUGCACUUUAAGGUCAGGACUUUGACUUGGUCAUUCCAAAACAUUAAUUGGUUGAACGACUUGUGUGCUAAGGGUCAUUGUCAUGCUGCAUGGCCAACUUUCUCUUGAGAUUCAGUUCACAGGCAGAUGUCCUGAUGUUUUCCUUUACAAUUUGCUGGUAUAAUUCAGAAUUCAUUGUUCCACCAACGAUGGCAAGCUGUCCUGGCCCAGAUGCAGCAAAACAGGCUAAAACCAUGAUACUACCACCUCCAUGUUUCGCAGAUGGAAUAAAAUUAUUAUGCUGGAAUGCAGUGUUUUUCCUUUCUACAAACAUACUGCUUCUCAUUUAAACCAAAAAGUUCUAUAUUGGUCUCAUCUGUACACAAUUUUUUCCAGUGGCCUUCUGGCUUGUGCACGUGAUCUUUAGCAAAAUACAGUUGAUCAGCAAUGUUGAAUCUUUUUGGAAAGCAGUAGCUUCCCCUUUGCAAUCUUGCCAUGCACACCAUUUUUGUUCAGUGUUCUCCUGAUGGUGGACUCAUGAACAUUUAAUAUUAGCUAAUGUGAGCAAGGCCUUUAGUUUCAA